AUGUCGCAAACCAUUGAUAAAGCCGAAGUCGAACGUAUUUCUAAAGAGUAUCGUGGGUUGCGUAAUGUGCACGGAAAAUUUGAAGGUGGGGAUAAGUGGAUUGAUGCUGUUGACAGUCCAGAUGGUGGAAAACAUACAAUGAUGAAGCAAUUAGGUGAAAUUCUAGGAAAACCCAACACAGUGGCUGCAGAAAUUCUUGCUCACCUUGGAGAACCUGAUCAAUUGACCACAAAUCUUGAUCAGGCAAAUCCUGUUGUAAAUUUGAUGCCAGGUCCAUUAAUUGGGAGUCAACCCGGCGUAACAGCAAGUGGCGCUCAGGAAUAUUAUCUUGUGUACUUCUGGCGUGGGAAGAAUGAUUAUUUGUACUUUAAGAUCGAUGCUAACCAAGAAAAGGUUAUUUCGCACGGGUGGAAAUAUGUCGCUACUGAAUAA